GGUUCUGUUCUCUGGGUUUAUUUUUAUAAAAUCGCAAAGUAUCGUUCGGUUAGUUUGACUCGUGCAUGGAGCUGGAAGCAGUGGAAGGGGUUUCUUCUGGGACGGUUUGGACCUCGGACAGGACCAGACCGGAGCCAGAGAUCAUGACGGAGGCGGUGAAGUUCGAUCUGAAUUCUGUGAUUAACGUCGAGGUCCAAGUGGACGACACGGGCCGGACCGAAGAGCGACACGAGGAUUCACAUGUGGCUCAAGUUGUGUUUUCGAAUAAAGAUGAGGAGGAAGGAGAUGAGAGUGCAGAUCAUGAUGAUUAUGAUGAUGAUGACAGUGGCACAGAUUACGUCCACGCUGAGCAGUUACAGACCCAACUGCAGAGACGUGAGCACCAGGGAGGAACCCAUUCAAGUCUUCCCGACACUUUCCAAACCAGCCAGCUGCUGUUCUACGAGAGGUUCAAGGCGUACCAGGACUACAUGCUGGGUGACUGUAAGCCCUCAGAGGUGAAGGACUUCAUUGGUGACUACGUGGAAAAGGUGGUGGAGCCUUGUGAUUGGCAGGCACUGUGGUCCACUGCUGUCUUUGACGUUCUGGUGGAGGUGGACGACAUGGACUUCAAGGAGCUGAAGGCGUGUGUGAAGCUGGUGCUGCCUCUUCAGUGUGAGUCCAGAGGCUGCGAGCUUGAUGAAGAAGCUAUGAAGUGUCUACUGGAAGCCACCGGGCACAAAGUCCCACUGCAGGAGCUGCAGGUGGUCUACAGAGAGUCCGGGGACUUGGACCAGACUGCACUUGCUGUGGAGCAUAUCAGAUUUUUUUAUCAGCACAUUUGGAGGCAGUGGGAUGAGGAAGAUGAAGAUGAUGACUUUGACUACUUUGUUCGUUGUGUAGAACCUCGUCUCCGGCUAUACUAUGACAUACUGGAAGACAGAGUCCCAGCAGGCCUGGUGGCAGAGUAUCAGUCCUUACUGGAACAGUGCAACCAGUGCUUCCACCAGUUCUCCAUGCUGUGCAGGGGCCUCGGCAACGAUCCCGACUUGGAGCCAGACAACGUGUCGAUGGUGGAGGGCUUGGCGCUCUGUGAUCAGCUGGAAACAUUCAAACGCAAGAUGCACAUCAUUGAGAACCCUUUGUUAAGGUACGUUCUGGGUUACAAAGGCAACACCAGGCAGCAGAGUGUCCAGAGCCGAGGGCCGAGAGAAUCUGAUGUCAAGGUGGUCCAUGUGGUGACAGAAUCCUGCACCACCGUCCAGCUCCAGUCCCUCCUCAGUGACAGACUGCUGGCUGUCUCUUCCACAGAAGAUGCAGAAAUCCAGUUCCACAGAGAUCCUGUCCAGGCAGUGGAUUCAUGUCACCAAGGGGACGCCGUUGUUGUUCUGCCGGGACUCUACAGUGUCACCAGUUCCAUCUGCCUGCCAGACUCCGUCACUAUAGAAGGCUUUGGGCUUCCUGAUGACGUGGUGAUCGAGAAGAAAGGUAAAGGCGACUCAUUUAUUGAGUCGACCGGAGCUGAUGUCAAACUGUCCAACAUCAAGUUCAAACAGCAUGAUGCCAUUGAGGGCAUCGUGUGUGUGCGUGAGGGCAAGUUGACGUUGGAGAACUGUGUGCUGCAGUGCGAGACGACAGGCGUUAUUGUGCGAACAUCUGCUCACCUCACAAUGAACAUGUGUGACAUCUAUGGCUCCAAGGGGGCCGGUGUAGAGAUUUACCCCGGCAGUGUUUGCAGUCUGAUUGGGAACGGUGUUCACCACUGCAAGGACGGGGUCCUCAUCAAGGACUUUGCAGAUAAGCUGGACAUGAUGCCGUCCAUCACCAUGGAAAACAACGUGAUCCACAAUAAUGAAGGCUACGGGGUGAUCCUGGUGAAAGCCAGCAAUGCAGAACAGCACAAACUCCAAGCUCUCCCUGGUGAAGGUGAAGGUACAGCUGAGGUGGGGACCAGGUGUACGGAUGAACUAGAGGGGUGUGUCCCAGAUGAUGAUAUCACUCCAACGAUGGCUGCCCCCGACAGUGACGGUCAAUCGCCGACAGCAGCCAUCCCGACCACGAGUCUGUUGGAGAAUGAUGUCGCUGCCACCGUGUCCAGGAAGUGGCAGUUUUGUCGUCAGCUGACCAGAAACAAGGAGGCAACGUGCAGCCGCGCGGUCGAAGGCCUGAUGGAACACGAGAUAUUCGUCUCGGCUCAGGGAAACCAGUUUGUCCGCAAUGGCAUGGGCGAUUUUGGCACCUUUUUCUACUGAGGACUGACAGCAUUAAAGAGCAGCCGUUAUUG